UAGAAUUGAAAUUACUUCAAAAAAAGGGGAGAGCUAUGUAUAUAUAAAUUCAAGAGACAUCAAGAAACGGGUGUGGCGCCUUUUCUUCUCAAGAAAGACGUGUGUGAGACUGGGGUUUUGAAGGAGAUUCCAUGGCGUCCUCAUCACCAUCAGAAUCAGAAUCAGAUGAAACGAAGGAACAACCUCUGGACGAAGACGACAUUGCUUUCCCCAACACUGAUGAUAUUGGACCUUGCGUAGAAGCAAUAGAUGAGGCAGAGGAGGAAAUCCAAAAUUUGGAAAAGAAGAUAAAGGAUUUACUCCCCCUUCGGAUCAAUAAUACUGCCUUAGCUCCACCAAGCAAAUGGGAUCGAGAUUUUGAUAUGCAAAUAUUAAUAGGGGCGGAUAAAGCACUUAAGGUAGCAACAUGUACGAGGAUUAUCAAUCCAAACUCUAAAGAUACAAGAUAUCUCAUAAAUUUCCACGGUCCUAGACAUUAUGUUGUUGGAUUGGGUGACACAGUUCCUCCAACAGAUAUUGAAGAGGGCAUGCGAGUUGGUGUUGAUCGUAGAACAUAUAAAAUCAUGGUUCCUUUGCCCCCCAAAAUGAAUCAUAAUGUGAGGAUGAUGAUAGUUGAGGAAAGGCCAAACGUGACAUACGACGACAUUGGUGGAUGUAGAGAGCAAAUCAAAACACUGCGAGAGGUUGUUGAGUUGCCUAUGCUGUACCCAGAGAAGUUUGCUAGGUUGGGAAUUGAGCCGCCUAAAGGUGUUCUCUGCCAUGGCCUUCCUGGUACUGGCAAGACCUUGGUAGCUAGAGCACUGGCUAACAGAACUUCUGCCUGCUUUAUCCGUGUCAUCAGUAGUGUGCUUAUCCGUGAAGGACCUCCCAUGGUUCGCCAACUCUUUCAGAUGGCGCGGUGUAAGAAGCCUUGUAUACUGUUUUUUGAUGAAGUGGAUGCCAUUGGAUGUUCACGGUUGAAGGGUCAUGGUAAGGAGAUAGUGAGGACGGCGAAACGUUCACGGUUUGAGGGUCAUGGUGAGGACAGAGACAUUGAGGUUCAGCGAGCUAUACUGCUUGAACUUUUAAACCAGCUUGAUGGCAUUGAUCCUCGUCGGAACAUUAUGGUUCUCAUGGAAACCAACAGGACUGAUCUACUAGACCCCGCAUUUGUGCGGGUGGAUCGGCACGUUGCGUUUGGUUUGCCUGAUGCGCCAAGUAGGACAGAGAUAUUCAAGAUUCAUACAAGGACAAUGAACUGUGAAAGAGAUAUCCGGUUUGAAGUGUUGGCUCGUCUUUGUCCAAACUCUACUGGUGCUGACAUAAGAAAUGUGUGCACGGAGGCUGGGAUGUUUGCCAUCCGAGAAAGGAGGGAGAGAGUUAGUGAGGGAGACUUCCUUGCUGCCAUCCAUAAAGUCAUCAAGGGUUACAACAGAUUCAGCACCACCCAAAAAUAUAUGCUCUAGAAUUAAUUCUUCUUUCGCUGCUGCUUAAUAUCUUGUCAUAUAGAGACUCAAAAAGUGUUAAUGGUGAAGGGUUCAUCAAUUCUUAUGCUUCUGCUGCUGCUUAUGAUAAUGCAUGCAUAGUAUGGGCAAUAGUGUUGAUGCUGUUGGUAUUUUGUCAGUUUUAUAUGAGUAAUCAGUGGUGCAAUUUGGAAAGGGCUCCGGCUUGGACUUUCAAGAGAAAAAUCCAUGGGCAAGUUAGUGAUAUAUUAGCUUAAUAGCUAGGCAUAGUUAUUGCCCCUUCUGUAAUUGCUAAAUGUGUAAUUCUUGAUUCUAGUUAUACAAAUAGAAGUACAGAAGUUGAUUCAGGAAAAUACCACAACCACCAGGAUCCUAUGUGGGUACUGUUGCCAUCAGAUGAACUCCAAAAACUUCUUCACCUUGCAGAUGCAACUGAUGGUGUAAGUGAGAGCACUAUGGAUGCUAUAUGCCAGAGAUAUAGUUUAAAGCAAAAUGGAUGUUAACAAGUAGCUUCAUUCAUUUUAGUUAGAAAUUUUCUACAUUGGGCACUGUACAUUUUGUAUUUUGUAUUGAUUUCAUAAGCUCCUUUUUGUCUUCUUUUCA